AUGGCUGAACUGGUAGGGGUCGUGUCUAGCGCCAUUACAUUUGCGACCCUUGCAGUCCAAGUCGGCAAGUCUGUUCAGACACUUACAGGCUACUGGGAUUCGAUGCGCGAUGCACCAGAUGAUCUCAGAUCGCUACUAAGAGAAGUCGAGAUCCUCGGCCUCAUAAUGGCUGACGUUGACGGCGACUCAUCACGAAGAUCUGGGUCGCUAGACCUGAUAGAGAGCCAGCAUGUUUCACAAAGUUUGCGAUACUGUAAAGUCGCUGCGGAUGACUUGGAGGCACUUUGCAAGGACUUAUUGCAACACGUUGGCUCAUCCAGCGGACUGCGCAGGUCCUACCAAGCCGCAAAAUUGGCGAUACGCGAAAGGAAGAUUGAGAAGCACGCUUCAAAGCUCCAUAACGUGGUUCGGCUACUUAUGUUAUCCCAGCAGUGUUAUACCAGAACCUGUUUCAGCGCCUCAUUGUGGGUCCAUCUUGACAAGAACCUGGCUCCAACCGGGACAUUGGUGGGGAGCUCAAAAUUGGAACAAGAAGGGGUUAACCAUCGCAAAAGCCGUCUUUGGCUUCUCCGCGGCCCCUACUGGAUGACAUCUCGAGUAUUGGAAAUAUCUGGCAUAAAAACUCCCUUCGGAUGGGAUUGGAGUCUUCGAACAUACAAUGGGGUUCGCUGGAGUAGUGAACUUGAUUAUUAUUUCAAGCAAGGAACUGUAAAAGAUUUCCAGGACCUCUUUGCCUCAGGACAACUCUCGCCACUCUUCCGCUCACAGGGUAACGGACGGAGUCUACUUCAUUAUGUGAUCUGCGUUGAUAGAAAUGAACAUGUGGUUGAGUUCCUCCUGGACCAAGGAGUGGACCCAUCUAUCGAAGGUGGAUUUUCCACGUUGAAGACACCUCUUCGCCUCCUCUUAGAGAAUGGGAGACAUGCGGCAUCUAAUAAAGACUACCCGCUUUUACCAUUCCUACGCCCCUUACUUCGACAUUCACGCGACCUCAUAUAUGGAAAUGCCCAAGACGCAGUCGAAGGAAUAUUAUCCGAGUUUCAUGGCACCUCUGAAGAAUUCAUAUUUUUGCAGCAACACUGUUGUCCCAUGCUUUAUCAAAUGCCACGGUGGGUGCGGAUAUCGGUGGCAUCGAAGAUCAUCUUUGAUGCUGAAUAUUCCUACUAUGCUGAAGAAUCAAACAAUACCCCCGACUUGGUUAAAACGGUCCUCGGUAAAGACACCUCAGAAGCCCAAGACUUCCAGACAAAGUGUACUUUACCGUUGACCUCAAAAGAAACGACCUUGAUGCAUUGUGUCGCGCAAAAGCAAGGAAACAGUCGGGCCUUCCUACAAAUGUCUUGCCGAAGAAAUCUGGACAUCUGCAAUGGAUACCAAAGAUUCUCUCGGCCUGCCAGAACCCACUGUCACGCAAGAUGGCAAGCUAUUUGCGAGUCGUGGAAUACUUUGUUUUUCGACUUCCUGCGGGUUGGUGUGGAUGUUCAUCAAAUAGUCGAUGGCAAAACUCUAUUUAUCGCAUUUUUGGAGGGGUAUCUGGCUUCCCAGGUAUCCCUCCCAGAGUUUAACCAAGUUCUGUGGCUUGACCAGGAAGAGUUCCAUGUGGGUAUUCGGACCUGGCUGAAAGGUAUGAAAGCCGCUGGCCAGGAUUUGAAAGCUCUGGGAGCAAAGGAGAGACGCAUUUGGAAAAGCGGAAAUGUUCAAAGGGACUUCAAUGAGGGGUUACACCGGUUGACUGGCAUAGCUUAUGGUCCAAACCCGGAAGACUGGUAUGUAUGGCUAUCUGAACCAUCUGAUGCUUUUGUAGGGGAUUUUUGGGCUUUAGUCGCGCGACCAGCUAAGACAAUGCCUGGGGACUGGCCAGGCGAGUAG